AUGACUAUUCUACCACCAUUUGAGCCAGUUGAGUCUACUGCUAUUUUACUUAGUGACGAUGGGCGUGUAGGGGAAACUCAAGAAUCACUUCCGUUGAUUGAACCUGAUCCAGAGCCAGAUCUUUUACCUGAUCAAGAUGAUGCCACAUUCACUGUUUUAGAACCUCUAGGUAUCUUUCAGGAUGGUAAGGUUGAUAUUUCUUCUGAAUCUUUAGGAAAUACCAUGGAGUUAACUUGUGCCAAAAUGUUAUUUGCAGAAGACCCAAAAUACAUAAAGGGUUUCAAAUUUGAUCAUGUCUGGAAUAUUCUCAAAGAUAUUGAAAAAUUUGGCACUGACACUAUGAAUACUGCAUCCAUGAAAUCACUACAACAAAAUGCUAAUGCUGGUUCAUCUGAACAACAAUUCUCCGAGGAAGCAUUUCAUACACCUUCAUCUCCUUGUGUGUCUGCUUUUGAUCUUAAUAUCACUGAUUCAGAUAGCGGUGGUAGUUCUAUUAAACGACCUCCAGGGGUGAAAAAAGCAAAAAUGAAGAAAAAGAAUGAUGAACAGAUUACAAAGGUAAUUAAUAUUAAUGCUCAACUUGUUGAGGCAAUGAAUGCAAGUACUGCUGCUACUACAAAAAUGGCAGAUACUAUGCUUUACAAGGAAGAAACCAAAAUUUUAUUCAAAGAUUUGAACUCGAUCUCUAACCUGAUGAUGCGUGAAUAUAUUCGCAAUGAGCAAAUUAGAAUUAUGCAAAAGAGAAUGCAAGUACAAGGAUCUCAUUCAGCUGCACAUCAAGGAGAAGGAUCUCAAACAUCUCAAAUACAGGGAGAAGAAUCACAACUUAAUCAAUAUCAAGGUGAAGAUCAAGAAUCUCAGAAUCCUACGAAUAUUUUUGGGCAAUUUCAUAAUUAUUUUAGCGGAAUGGGGAUUGAUCUUCCUGAAUAUUAG